AUUCAAUCUAAGUAAUAAAAUAAUACGGAACAGAAUCGACCGCAACCUAGAAAGUUCUAGAAUUAUAAAAUCUUAUAAGAAAUUGGUGCUGAUGCUCCAGACAAUUCUAAGUGAAACUUGGUGAAUAACACUCAUUGGAACAUUGAAAAACCUCGUAUCUUAUUUACAUAAACAACGAAUACCUCAAAUUUAGUUUCGUUACAAAUUUUUAAUAGAUAUUUCACUCAACCGCUACCGCAGUAUUCGCUUAAAUUAUGGCUAAAUGGGGCGAAGGUGAUCCUAGGUGGAUUGUAGAAGAGAGGCCUGAUGCCACAAAUGUAAACAAUUGGCACUGGACGGAAAAAAACGCUGGACCUUGGUCUCAAGACAAAUUUAAGGAACUCUUUACUAACCUUCAAAUCAAAAACGAUGUGGCUGAUUUAAAAAUUGUCGAAGUGGAAAAAUGUGAAGGAGAAGCUUCGGCCAAUAAUAGGAAAGGAAAAUUAAUCUUCUUUUAUGAAUGGGAUCUUCUUUUAAAAUGGAAGGGAUCUUCAAAAAGCGGAAAUGAAUAUUCUGGAGCAUUCAAAGUUCCUAACGUAUCAGAGGAGAAUGAUGUGAAAGAAUUUGACAUAACAGUUUCCCUGAAAGAGCAAGAUGGAGAAGAAGCCUCUACAAUCAAAGAAGUUCUCAGAAAAGAAGGUAUUGCUACUGUGAGGUCACAAUUGGGAAAGUACAUAAUUGAAUUAAAAGAAGAGUUUACCAAAGGUAUGAUUCUUCCAAAAAAAGACGAAGUUAAGCCUGACAAUGUUGUCAAUCACAAGAGUGGUUUCAAUAAGACUAAGGUUAACAUGCAACCUAUAUCAUCAGAAAAAAAAGAGGUGGGUGUAAAGAUUGAUGUAAAAACCAUCAAGGAUUCGCAAAAGUUCCAGUGUAAAGCGUCUGAGUUUUACGAUGCUAUGACUCGCAUAGAAAUGGUUACUGCGUUCACCCAUGGGCCAGUAAAAUUGGAAUUGUUCAAAAAUGGUAAAUUUGAACUAUUCGGAGGUAAUAUUUCAGGAGAAUUUGUUGAACUUGAACCUGCGAAAAAAAUUGUUCAAAAGUGGAGGUACAAACAGUGGCCUUCAGGGCAUUACUCUAUUGUUACACUCAAUAUAGAUGAAAAGAGUGAUCACACAGAGGUAUCAUUGACACAAACUGGAGUUCCUUCUUCGGAAGCUGAUAUCACUAAAGGCAACUGGCAAAGAUAUUAUUGGGAUUCUAUGAAGAAAACUUUUGGUUUUGGAUCUUUCAUCCAAUGAGCAACGUUAAUUUCGCCAAUCAAGGAGAUUUUUAAAGAUUCAUAGAAUUGUUUUAUCCAGAUCAUACUGCUCAUAAUUAGGCCUUGCUUUAGGUUAUUUAUUUAUGUAACACUGUGGAAGAUUACAUCUCUAAAGGAUUAUUUUAUAAGAUUCUUUUGCCUCAUGAAAUAAAAUCGAUUUCUUUUC